AAAAUUGAGCAUUUACUUUAUCACUGCUAUCAUUGUUGAAAUCGCAUUUGGACUGAACAGAGUCGAUUGUCAUACAUUCGAUACAAAAGGAUAAUGCUUCCAAGUAAGCUGAGCAGCUCCUUGCUAUGUCAAUGCAAAGAUCUGAAGAAGCUUGUUCAAACAGUGAGCUCAGUACUGUCACGUGAUUUAUCCACAGAAACAGAGAGUUGGCGAACAACACCGACUGACAAGUCCAAACUUCCAUACGCGGUAAACAGCAAAUGUGAAAAAGUUGAACUACCCACUGGCACAAACCUAAAGAGUCCCGUGUGGUCAUGGAACGGCUGGGACCCCUUGGAGGAAGUCAUAGUAGGACGGGCAGAGGGAGCUUUCUGCCCACCAUUUGAAAAAGAAAUACAGGUUAACUCAUAUGGCGAUAAUUUUGAGUUCAUGAAAAAACAGGCUAGUAAACCAUUCCCGAAGGAGAUUGUUAACAAAGCAAUAACGGAAAUUGCCGAGUUUUGCCGAAUUCUAGAAGCAGAGGGUAUAACAGUAAAACAGCCUGAUAUAAUAGACUGGUCAGUUCCUUAUAAAACCCCAGAUUUCGCAUCCACUGGUUUGUAUGCGGCAAUGCCCCGAGACAUCUGGAUGGUUGUCGGAGACGAAAUAAUCGAAGCCCCGAUGUGCUGGCGGUCACGGUUCUUUGAAUACAGGGCAUACAGAGCUUUAAUGAAGGACUACUUCAAGAGAGGUGCCAAGUGGACAUCAGCCCCUCGACCACAGAUGUCUCAAGAGCUCUACGACAAUGACUAUCCUAUUGGCGACCUAGAUAAACGAUAUGAAAUGGCAAACAAUGGCAAGUUCCUGACGACGGAAUUUGAACCAGUGUUCGACACGGCUGACUUCAUAAGAGCCGGAACUGACAUCUUUGUGCAGAGAAGUCAAGUGACUAAUGACUUCGGCAUUGAGUGGGUGCGAAGUCAUCUUGCUCCUAAGGGUAUAAAGGUUCACAAGCUUAACUUUACGGACCCCCAUGCAAUGCAUAUAGACACAACAUUCAACAUCCUCGGACCUGGGUUGGUCCUAACGCAUCCAGAGAGACCCUGUCACGAGCUGGACAUGAUUAAGAAGGCCGGAUGGACCAUAUUGACGGCACCUAAACCACUCUGUCCCCCAGAUCAUCCUCUUUGGUUCUCCUCGCGAUGGUUAUCUGCGAACGUUGUCAUGUUGGACCCACAUAGAGUAUGCGUACAGAAAACAGAAACGACCACAGCGGCCAUGUUUGAAUCAUUCGGACUGAAGGCUAUCCCAAUAGACAUACGUCACGCCAACACACUUGGGGGUGGCUUCCAUUGUUGGACCUGUGAUAUAAGGAGACGAGGAACAUUGGAAUCUUACUUUUGACCAUCGAAAAAUUAAGCAAUUAAUGAUGAAAUGUUGAAUAUAUGUAUAUGUACAAAGAUAUGCCUCGCUUGAUUGAGGUUGAUAACAUUGAGGGAUGCCGAGUUUCGAGUUAAAAGAACAAAUGAAAGUUGUCUACUUUAGAAUAAAUUAUUUAGACAACCCUAAGUGGAACUGUAUAAUGCCUAUUGUUUGUCAAUGAAAAAGUAAGAUCACGAUCGUGCUAUACCAAAACAUGUGGUAUUAUUCAUGUCACCCUUUUAAAGGAUGACAGUCCCUUUAGUGUUGGAACAUAAUGUGAUGCGAAAAUCUUAAAGAUGUUCCCUGGGGGGGGGGGGGGGGUUACCAUUUUCAUCCUAUAGAACGACGUUCGGGGGGAUAUAGAGAACUCCGUCCGUCUGUCCCUUGGUCUUGGUAUCGUUUAUAUUUUAUACGUACGUGUCUUAGAUGUGAGUACAAGUUCUGCUCGAGAGCCGAUUGUGGCCGCCGGUUUCAAAAUGGCCGCCAUUUUAGUGUCAAUUUCACAGUAUUUUAGGUACAAUAAAUAAAA